AUGUACCGUGGAGAAGCUCUUGUUUGCUUUGCAUGCGGUGGAUCUGGUCACACGCAAGAAUAUUCACUAAGGAUAACACCUAGAGCUCCCGGUGAACCUCACUUCCCAUUUUUGGACUCACAUGAGCCUCCUGCUAACUACAGGGGGCCUCGAGGUCAUUCUGUUAAUGUCUGUGGUUUGUGCUCAACACUUUUGAACCAGCAAUGGGAGCGCUACCAAAGAGAUGGAACUCCACAUUCUCGGCGCCUGUAUUGGCUCAAAAGGGUAGACAAUGGGCCAUACACCGGAGCAGAGCUGGCUGCUCAAGGAGAGUAUGCUGCCAAUUUCCUUUCACUUGACCAUCAACAACAACCUUUUAGGGAUUCGGGAAUAUCUAGUCUUGAAGAGGUUGUUGCUCCUCCUAUGCCCAACUCUAAUCUUUCUCAGAAGAAUGAUUCAGCUCUGGACCUUCGACAGAGUCCUUCAAUAGCAUCUGCACCUAAUGGUGGACAUUCAAAUCCUGGAAGUGUUACUAGCAGCAGUGGUACUGAUAUCUUGGAUCUAUCCAUGCCUGAUAAGAACUCUAAUACACAAGUAUGCUAUGUAUGUGGAGAAGAACAUCGUAGGGGCUCUCUUACUCACAUUGGUGCAAGGCCCCUACCCAAUCAGCCAUUCUUUCCUUCACUAAUGCUACAUCCACGACCAUCACGUUCACGGCCAAUGGAUUCAGCUGGUCGUGUUUUGGCCUGCUCGGUUUGCCAUCAACAUUUACUACACCAGUGGCAGGCAUAUCAGGCCCAAGGAAUCGCUCACUCCGAUAGAAACUAUGUUCUUAGAAAAAGAGUUCAACCGGCACAACAUAUCAAUGAAGCGUCUACUUGUUCUGUUUGUGGUACUGAGUCAGGAGGUUUCUACCAACAGGGUGCUGCCCAGGUAUGUGCCACCUGCUACAAUAAGUCACAGAAACCUCAGCAAGAAAGAAAAUCUUCCCCUGCUUCAAAAUCUCCUGAUAUACGGUUUCGUCCUUAUGAAAUGUCUAAACCAACUGUGAAACCAAGUUCAUCUGCAACAUCGAAGGAUGCAGUAAGCAAUCAAUCUGGAUCUAAUUUUCGGUGUCCUGUAUGCUGUAAUAUGGCACAUCGCCAUGAGGCCCAGUGGUUACCAUCAGCUCCUGAAGGUGUUAAUUCUCAUGCUAUGCAUUUUCCCUGGUUGAAUGGUUUAGAGGGAUCUCAAUCUGACAGCUGUGGGAGAGUUCUAGUUUGCAGGGGCUGUGUGAUGCAUUUGGCAGUUCAGUGGGAUGCCAUGGAGGCUGAGAGAGCUCCAUUAGAGUCAAGGAGGUAUGAACUGCCUAAUUCUUGUAAUGGUUCCUCAGUGUUGACGCCAGCCCAACAAGAAGGUAGCUCAAUUUACUGUUUCCUGUGUGGUCUUCAUUCAGACAUAACACUUGCCCGGGUUCUUUACAGCAAGCCACAGGGACGUAAUGCACCAUAUUUUCCUUUUUUGCUGCGUCACCAAAGUGCUCCUAAUGCAGAACAGCUCAGGGAAGAUGGUUCAGCCCUUGUGUGCACAUUUUGCUACCAUACUGCACUUGAACAGUGGAGGAGAUCAGGCCCCAAUAUCAGUCCUGAAUGCCGAACUUACAACUGGCAUGAUUAUAUUUGUUAUGUAUGUGGAAUAACUACUUACAGAAGGAGGGUGAGGGCACUCCCAGUAAAGGAUUUUCCAUUCCUCAGGUACCACAGACAGCAUGAUAGAAGUCUCCUAUUAGAAAACGGAGAAUUGGCUGCUGUUUGCUUGGACUGCUACGAGUCUCUAAGAGCUCAAAGUCUGGAAUAUGAAAGAUGGGGCCUGCCUCCAGAGAAAAGGCAGUAUAAUUGGAUUCCACAGCCACCACCUCCUGAAGAUAGCCCUGAAGCCUGGCGUAGUAGAGCAAGAGAGGCUGCAGUCAAAGAAAUGCAGAGAAAUUCUAAGAAACCCAACCAAAUAGUUCAGGUCAAUCAGGCUGUUAAACCCUCUAGAGUUCACAGUCAAACAACACCCUCUAACAAAUUGGAAAUAGGGACUAAAGCAAAAUCCGUUUCAAGUUCUGGAGAGAGGAGAUCUUCAACAACUAACAGGCAGCCAGCUAAUCAACAAAACCAGCAGGAAGGACGGAGUUUUGCUGCCUUCUUGAGAAAUUUAGCUAAUAAACAGUCUGCAAAUGAAAGUGAUGAAGCUGGUAGAAACUCACCAAAAAGUAGAUGUCUUUCAAAUGUACCCAGGGCUCCUUCUCCAACUAAUAACAAAAUUCAUGACAAAGAGGCAAGUUUGAGAAGUGGUUUCCAACCUUAUAGACCACAUGACACCAGAGUUCCCACCCUUGCUAUACCUCCAAUUGAUUACGGCUACCCUCACCAUAUGUAUCCUCAACAUAUACAUCCAUCAUACAGGAUUGAAGACUAUUAUCCAGAGAGAUGCGGAAUUAUAUAUACACCACAUACAUACAUUUAUCCUCAUCCUAUGAUGCCACCACCUCUUUUGAUGUCACCAUAUGACAGGAUGAAAUUCGAGGAAGAUCACAGAAUAAGGGAAUGUGAGAGACGGAAUAAAAAGAGUCCUCGGGGUCCAUCUCCUUCGCAUUCAGUGGAAACAGGUAGAAAGAGUUCAGGAAACAAGGAGCCCCCAAAGUUUGUUCGCCCAUUUGAAGACUACCCUAAGCCCAGGAGGUCACCAAAGGUGGAGGAUAAAUCUCGAGAUUUUAAUAUUGAACUCUCUAUAGUUGACCAGAUUUUGGGGUUUACUCAGGUCCAGCAACCUCCUCUGGAUGAGAAGGUGGUGAGUCGUUUAGAUUUGGAAGCACUUGGUAAACUUGAAGAUGAUGAUCAUUCUGAUGAAAUAAUGAUAAUGUCUGGACCACCUGCUAAACUAGACUGUAAUUCUAAGAAAUUGGAGUUCUUAUCUCAAUUUUUCUUAACUACCAUCUCCAAGAAAAAUGAACUUGAAUUAGAAAAGUUACUAAGGCGAAAAGUGUUACCAGACAUAAAGGUAGAGCCAGCACCUGAAGAGAUAGAGGAAGAACCGAAGAUAGAAUUGCCUCUGCCUUCAUUAGCCCCAGUAGAUAUCCCACGAGCCAAAAAUAAAUGUGAUUUCUUGCUGAAGCUGGACUUGGCUACUGCAGACUUAUCUGCUCUCAAUGAGCGUGAAGCAAUAUGGAAUGAAGUGUUAAGUGAACGGAGGCGGAGAAAGAGAAGAAGCUUAUUGCUUGAAUAUUAUCAAGAAUCUGCUGAUAAGCUAAGCAGGCUUAGUCGACCCAAAGCUAAUUUCCCUGGUAUAGAAGCUAUAUUAGAAGCAUAUUCAUUAUAUAAUGAAGAGAGAAGUUCUGAAACAAGAUUACUCAAAGAGACUGUUAAGAAAUGGGAAGAAAGAAUCGAAGAGUCUCGUAAGGAGCUAGCAGGGCUUGAGGAAAAACUGGAACAACUGACUGCUGAGCAUAUAUCUGUUGAGGCUGAGCGAGCGAAAACCCAAGCAACUAUAGAUUCUUUUAAAUCAUCUUUGCGAGAACUUAAGAUUGUGCUCUCUUUACCACUUUGA